CUUCCGACGGGGCGGCAGGGUCGGGGCCACGUGACUUUGUUCCGGCCCCCGUCAAAGAUGGCGGCGCCCUGAGCGGUAGCGUGAGAGCGGUCGGGUGAAGACGCUGUUUUGUCGUGCUGGCAUAAAAGCAGUGGAGGCCGUGCGCCAUGUCGCGACUGAUCGUGAAGAACCUCCCGAAUGGGAUGAAGGAGGAGCGAUUCAGACAGCUGUUUGCUGCCUUCGGCACGCUGACAGACUGCAGCCUCAAGUUCACCAAAGAUGGCAAGUUCCGCAAAUUUGGCUUUAUCGGCUUCAAGUCUGAGGAAGAGGCCCAAAUGGCCCUGAACCAUUUCAACAGGAGUUUUAUCGACACAUCCCGGAUCACAGUGGAGUUCUGUAAGUCCUUUGGGGACCCAACAAAGCCUCGAGCCUGGAGCAAACACGCCCAGAAACCAAGCCAGUCCAAGCAGCCACCAAAAGACCCUGCUGCUCCAGAAAUCAAGAAAGAGGACAAGAAGAAAAAGGUGGCGAGUGAACUGGAGAAGCUGAAGGAAGAUACCGAGUUCCAGGAGUUCCUGUCAGUUCACCAGAGGCGGAUGCAGGCGGCCACAUGGGCAAACGAUGCCCUGGACACCGAGCCCUCAAAGGGGAAGAGCAAGCCGGCCAACGACUACCUGAACUUUGACUCUGAUUCCGGGCAGGAGAGUGAGGAGGAGGGAGCCGGGUGGGACCCAGAAGAGGAAGAAAGCCUAAAAACAAAGGCAGCUGUACAGAAGGAGCUGUCAGACAUGGAUUAUCUAAAAUCUAAGGUGGUGAAGGCUGCGUCGUCCUCUUCGGAGGAAGAGGAGGAGGAGGAGGAGAGUGAAGAUGAAGCCGUGCACUGUGAUGAAGAGAGUGAGGAUGAGGAAGAGGAUUCCUCCGACACCUCAGCCCUGCAGGAGAGAGAGAGCACAGGGGCAGGCCGACAGCACAGCACUCUGUCUGGGAAUAAGAGGCCACAGGAGGCAAAAGCCGAGCCAGAAAAACCAGCAACCCAGAAGGAACCCACUACUCCACAUACUGUGAAGCUGCGGGGAGCCCCGUUUAAUGUGACAGAGAAAAAUGUGAUGGAAUUCCUGGCACCCCUGAAGCCAGUGGCCAUUCGUAUAGUGCGAAAUGCUCAUGGGAACAAAACAGGGUACAUCUUCGUGGAUUUCAGCAGUGAAGAAGAGGUGAAGAAAGCCCUGAAAUGCAACAGAGAGUACAUGGGUGGACGCUACAUCGAAGUGUUCAGGGAAAAGACUGUCCCCACAGCCAAGGGUCCCCUGAAGAGCAACUCCAAAUCGUGGCAAGGCCGAACACUUGGGGAGAACGAGGAGGAGGAGGACCUGGCCGACUCUGGGAGGCUCUUUGUGCGAAACCUGCCCUACACCAGCACCGAGGAGGACCUGGAAAAGCUCUUCUCCAAAUACGGUCCCCUAUCUGAGCUCCACUACCCCAUCGACAGCCUGAGCAAGAAGCCCAAGGGCUUUGCUUUCGUCACCUUCAUGUUCCCGGAGCACGCAGUGAAGGCCUUCACCGAGGUGGAUGGGCAGGUGUUUCAGGGCAGGAUGCUCCACGUGUUGCCAUCCACCAUCAAGAAGGAAGCCAGCGAGGAUGCCAUGGCCCCGGGGUUGUCAGCCUACAAGAAGAAGAAGGAAGCAAAGGAAAAGGCUAGCAGCUCCAGCUCUCAUAACUGGAAUACGCUGUUCAUGGGGCCGAAUGCUGUAGCCGAUGCCAUUGCGCAGAAGUACAACGCCACCAAGAGUCAAGUGUUUGACCACGAGACCAAGGGCAGCGUGGCCGUGCGCGUGGCCCUGGGGGAGACCCAGCUCGUCCAGGAAGUACGGCGCUUCCUUAUUGACAAUGGCGUCAGCCUGGAUUCUUUCAGCCAGGCUGCGGCAGAGCGCAGCAAGACCGUGAUCCUGGCCAAAAACCUUCCAGCAGGCACCUUGGCGGCAGAGCUCCAGGAGACCUUUGGCCGCUUUGGCAGCCUAGGCCGAGUGCUACUGCCAGAGGGUGGUGUCACCGCCAUCGUGGAGUUCCUGGAGCCCCUGGAGGCCCGCAAGGCCUUCCGACAGCUGGCCUACUCCAAGUUCCACCACGUGCCCCUGUAUCUGGAGUGGGCUCCAGUUGGUGUCUUCUCCAGCACAGCUGCACCGAAGGCAGAGCCCCAAGACACACCUGCAGAGCCUGCGGGAAAGGACAACGUGGCGUCAGAAACUGUACCAGACAGUGAGCCUCCAGAAGGUGAAAAGCCACCAGAGGGAGGAGUGGCUGUAUCUUCAGCAAAAAUGGAAGAAGAGGAGGAGGAAGAGGAGGAAGAAGAGAGCCUCCCAGGGUGUACUCUGUUUAUUAAAAAUCUCAACUUCAGCACAACGGAGGAGACGCUGAAGGAAGUGUUUUCCAAAGUGGGGAUGGUGAGGAGCUGCUCUGUUUCCAAGAAGAAGAACAGAACAGGGGCACUGUUUUCCAUGGGGUUUGGAUUUGUGGAAUACAGGAAGCCGGAGCAAGCCCAGAAAGCCCUCAAGCAACUCCAGGGUCACGUCGUGGACGGCCACAAGCUGGAAGUGAGAAUCUCGGAACGAGCCACUAAACCAGCCCUGACGACUGCUCGGAAAAAGCAAGUUGCCAGAAAGCAGACGACCUCCAAGAUCCUGGUGCGGAAUAUCCCCUUCCAGGCUGACAGCCAAGAGAUCCGGGAGCUGUUCAGCUGCUGUAUCCGACUUGGGGCUGAGAAGACUUGGAUGUUAGAGCGCACCUGCCGCGUUCUUGCGGACUUUCCUUGCCUGUGGGUACCAGAGAGCCGAAGAGAGCUGCAGUGA